AUGUGUCACUUAAGCACAGUGAAAGCAGAGAUAACAGUUUGGAUCACACCUGCCAGCUUUAUGUCUUAAUUAUUGUUGUUAACUUAACUUGCAAACAUUUUGAAUACACACUUUCCUCUGCUCUGUUACAUCCGGCUCUCUGUUUAUACAUUGUGUAACAAGCCUUAGCUCUUCAUUAAUGUUCAGGUUAGCAGCUCAUUAGCCGCAGUUAGCUCUUAGCGCUCUCAAAUUCAGGAUGUCCUGCAGUUUGCUGGAUUUUUGUCGCGUUCAAGAGCUCAAACAAGUCCGGGAGUUUCUUUUCAAUAAUCAGAAAAAUCCCCCUACAGAUGACAGCAAAGAGCAAACCGAGUUAGCAUGGGAUGACUCAGACUGGGGCUCCUGGGAGACAGGAGACACCAAAGAUGGAACCACGCCUGAUGAAGAUGAUGGACAGCAGAGCAGCGCCCUAUGGUUGCAGGACUGCAUGCUAGCUUUGUCACCCUGCUCUGACCUGCUGGUCAUCGCUCGAGACCAAAAAGCUGCAUUCCUCUCUGCGAAAUGGCAGACAGACGCCAGCGGGACGGAGGAGAUGACACUGGCUGUGACCUGGAGCGGCACACUGAGCGCUGAGGAUGGAGAGUGUGUGAGUAGCGUGAUCUGCAUCCCACUGGCCAGCCAGAAGAGGAGUUCCACGGGCCGACCUGACUGGACGUGUAUCGUGGUCGGGUUCAGUUCUGGACACGUUCGCUUCUACACAGAGAACGGGGUUCUCCUCUUGGCUCAGCUGCUGAACGAGGACCCGGUUCUCAGACUGAAGUGUCGCACAUAUGAGAUCCCACGCCAUCCUGGAGUUACAGAGCAGCAUGAGGAGUUGAGUAUUCUGUACCCUACAGCCCUGGUCACCAUCGAUGGCUUCAGCCUCUUCCAGUCUCUACGUGCUUGCAGGAAUCAAGUGGCUAGAGCUGCUGCAGCAGGAAGUGAUGUCGUACAGCCUCCUCCCCUCGCUUAUAAGAAGUGGGGACUGCAGGACAUGGACACGGUCGUGGACCACGGCAGCGUGGGAGUCAUGACUCUGAACGUAUUUGAUCAGAUGAAGAACGCCUCGAUCCUGGGUGGUUUCCACGCGUCAGUAAAGGGCAGUCCUCCAGCCAUGAGUCAGUAUAUAACGGUGGGAGGCGGACCCUUCACCGGGUUCUUCUACGCUGUGGAGGGCAGUUCUCAGCCUCUCCUUUCCCACGUUGCUCUUGCUGUGGCCAGUAAACUUACUUCUGCUCUGUUCAGUGCUGCCAGUGGAUGGUUAGGGUGGAACAAGAACAAGACUGAAGAGGAGCCUGCUCAAAAACAGAAGCCCAAGGUGGAGCCAGCCACACCUCUUCCUGUAAGGUUCGGUCUCCCUGAUUCCCGUCGUCAUGGCGAGUCCAUCUGCCUGUCGCCAUGCAACACUAUGGCAGGAGUAACAGACGACUUUGGCAGAGUGAUGCUCCUGGACGUGGCACGUGGCAUCGCCAUCCGCAUGUGGAAGGGUUACCGUGACGCCCAGCUGGGCUGGGUGCAGGUGCUGGAGGCUCAUGGAGACAGAGACAUGGGCACGUCACCCUCCGUGCCCCGCCGCUGUGCUCAGUUUCUGGUGAUCUACGCACCUCGCAGGGGCAUCCUGGAGGUGUGGGGCACUCAACACGGUCCCCGGAUCGGGGCUUUCACUGUGGGCAAACACUGCAGGUUGUUGUAUCCAGGUUACAGGUUAAUGGGUGUGAACAGUGUGACCAGUCAGGGUUGGCACUUACACACACAGCAGGUGUGUCUGUUUGAUCCAGUCAACGGCGUGCUUCGUACCAUCACUGUACCGUUCCACCUGGCCCUCAGUGAUAAGAAGAGCGAACGAGCUAAAGACAUGCAUCUGCUAAAGAGGCUGACUGCACUGCUCAGGAGCUCUCAUCCAGACCCAGAUCUCCUGCAGAGCGAGGCUCAGAGUGUCCUGCUGGAGAUCAAACACCCUGCGGUAAAAAAACAGGCUCUGGAGUCUCUGUUGUCCAGUAAGAAUGCUCCAGUCUCGUGUCUGAUCAGCGUUACUCGAGCCUUACUACAGAGCCUGAAAGAGCAAGACCCCGAGGCAGUGGAUGAAUCACUGCAGCAGUUAUGUUCAUCUCAGCUUAAACUGCUGCAGCUCUACACCGACGUUCAGCUCCUACACUCACCUGACACCUCGCCCACUGAGCCUGAAUCUUUCUCAGUGCCUGGUUUUGAAGAUGACCUGACUCGAAUCGGACCAAUCCUGAGGCGCUAUGCGGAGCUGAACUCCCGCCCCUCUGUAUCAUUCGCUCAGGACGAGAGGGGGCCGCUGCCAGUCAAAACCUUUCUGUCACAGUUAGUGUGUGAGGGCGGUGAGCUGCGACUUAUUAGAGGCUCUGACUCUGACUGGACGCAGCUAGGAAGCUUCUUGUUUUGGGGGUGUCUUUCUGGACAGAGUCCACUGGAGCGAGUGUGUGAGACGCUCCAGCAGAGUGGCAUCAGCCCUCAGCAGCUACUGUCUCUGCUGCUGACGGUGUGGCUAAACAGAGAGAAGGAGAUCUUGAAGAAAGCCGACGCUGUUAGAAACCUGCACACACUCCUCCACACACUCAGCUCUAUGAAAGGAGCGGUCGAUGAGUCAUGGGAUGUGCAGUGUGUUUCCCCCUGGUGGCAGCAGGUGCGUAACGCUUGUUUACAGUCGGAGAGCGCUGGUGCCGCCCUGCUGGCCGCACUUGUUGCUCAUCGUGCUGCCAAGAGCUCCAUCACUAGCCUGGCAGAGAACAAGUUGCAAUCAGACUGGGAGUGUGUGUCUCUGGAGCUGGAGCAGUGGCUGGUGUGUGCGCGGCAGCUGGAGGACGUCUUGGCCCUGCAGACGUUGCUCAGCCUGCCGUCACCUCCAGGAACACCAGGGGGCGCCAUCCAACGAUGCUCAGUCAAAGCACUGCUGGAGAGUGGAAGAGGUGGAGUAGCAGACAGUGUAGCGAAGCUGAUCUUCAGACAGGACGUCCCUCCUGGAGUAGUGAAAGACAUUGUGCAAAAGAGUGUGAGCAAGGAACAGCGUGAGGAACAGCGUGAGGAACAGCGUGAGGAACAGCGUGAGGAACAGCGUGAGGAACAGCGUGAGGAACAGCGUGAGGAACAGCGUGAGGAACAGCGUGACGCCCUUCACACACUGGAGGAGCUGUUGGUGUGUGUAUGUCAGCGGUUCCCCCACUCUCUCUCUUCUGAUGUGUUGUGGGCUCACUGCUGUUGGGAGUACAUGGUGCAGUGGAACAAAGACCCAGAGGAGGGGCGAUACCUGGAGUGUUCUGUGGAGUACCUGAAGAUGAUCUUCAGUCCUCACAUUCAGUUAGGAAUCGCCACUAUGAUGUGGAACACGUUUAUUGUGAAACGUUUCUCUGCAGCAGCUUUCUUAAUGGAAAAGGUGGGAAAAGCUCCUAAGGAUAGACUCUGUAGACGGGAUGUAGGAAUGGGCGACGUGGCCAUGACCAGCUUCCUGGGCUCCUGCGUACAGCUGCUGCAGACUCUGAUGGAGGCGGACUCUGGGGUGGAGGAGGCGAGCUUGCCGGAGGUGUGUGUGGAGGAGGUGUGGGGUGGAGCUGAGGGUCCGGCAUCCAUAGCGGAGUUGGCGCUGCAGCAGAGGGCGGUGCACUACCCGCUGGUGCAGCAUCACUGCCUGCUAGCGUCGCUGCUUCACGCCGCCAUGAGCUUCUCGCUACGCCUCAAACCCCUCAGCCUCUUCGACACCAAGGGAAAGAAUGCAUUUUUCAGGGAGCUGACUUCAAUCCAGCUUCUGCCCAGCGGGGACAUGGACCCCAGUCUGGUGGCUCUCAGACAGGAAUUUUUGCUGAGUGUGUUAACAGCGUGGGUGAAGGCUCUAGGUGAGGAGCAGGAGGAGCAGCAGGAGGAUGAGCAGCGUGGUGUGUGUGUUAGAGCUGGAGUCAGGGAUCUGGUGUGGAAGGAGACGUGUAUGGAGCUGGCCUCACUGCUGCAGCUCAACAGCGACAUCCUGCGCAGACACCUCGUCUGUGAGCUCUAUAACCAGGGCCUGGACCUGCGUGCUGAGGAGGUGAUGCUGGAGGUGGAGGAUAAGGAUGUGUUGGGUUCUCAGCUCUUGGUUCUGAUCGGUCAGCGCCUGGCCUACUCCCUGUUCCACUCUGAGACUCAGACCAAAUCCAGCAUGGAGCUCCUGGCACGGCUUCCACCCACCCUCUGUACCUGGCUCAAAGCUAUGGACCCGAGUGAUCUCCGCCGCCCCUCUGUGCCUCUGCAGCAGGUCACCCGGCUGGUGAGCCGCGUGAUCGAGAUGCUGCCGGAGAAACACGCACAGUACAACAUGGCACUGCAUCUACUGGAGGCGGUGGACAUGCUACAGGAGGACGAGUGAGAGAGAGAAAAUAUAGAAAGAGACAGGAUACUUUCCAUGUCAUUUUCAUUCAGUCUCUUUCUAAGUGCAGGUUUCUAAAUAAAAGCGUUUCCACUCAGACGUCAGCCAUCAGUCAGGACGUGCUCGGCUCGGUGUUUAGCUUUGCACAGGAGCUAAUCAUGCUAACGUCAUUAACAAGUUUUUUUUUAUUUUUUUUAUUACAUUUGCUUUCGUCCAUCCAAAGCGAAAUCUUAAUAUAUAUAUAUAUAUAUUACACACUGCAUGUCGUCCUCUUAGGAAAAUAAAUACCAACAGAAUGAACAGUGAUGAUGAUGAUCUUACAGCACUUUCCCUAGGAUUUACAUUUUUGUAAUUAGAAAGCACUAUUUCUGUCCUUUUUUUGUGUUUAUUGUGAAAUGUAGCAAAACAUCCAUGAGACAAAUAAAAAAAAACUAAUCACACACACUUGGAUUGUUGCAAAGCGCUCACAUAGGACACUCCUUCCUUAAAAAUGUAUCUUCUGUUGUACGUUGUAUAUGAGCUGCUACCAUAGAAACGACAGUGAGUGCGUUAGUAUAAACCCAUGAAAAUGAAAAAACACCUUCUGCUCAAUCAGAAUGAAGAAUUCAGCACCGCCGUGCUUAAAUAGACAAUCUACACCCGAGACAACCGCUUUGAUUCGCAGUUAUGAAGUAGCUCCGCCCAUAAACCGAAACAAUGCUCACUGUUCUCGGGUAUCAGUGACGUGCUCUGUAAUCAACAGUUUUAGCACUAGAGUUUUAGCACCGGUCAGCUUGUGGAUCAGUAUAAAUAAUUUUUCAUUACACUUGCAGUUUCUUUCCUGAAACAUAGGGGGCGCCUAUGUAGUAAACCACUUUAAUGUAGCUGCUGGGUAAAAUCGGAGAGGCCGAGCACAUCCUGGCUGACGAACGAGACGCUUACAUGACACUUAAGAGACCGGUGUAUGUGUGUGUGUGUUUGGUUCCGUUUCACAUUUUAAUAGAGUCAAAGACGAAGUGUGUGCAUGAGAGAGAAUGUUAGAUCAGUGUUUGCAGUUGUUCUAUGCAUUUUAAUCGUGAAUAAGCGUGUUCAAAGCCCAGCCUUAGUGCGCGAUGCUGCUAAUACGGUAUGCAGUACUUUAUUCUAAAUGCUCUGUGUUAGGUCAAAGGUCAGGGGAUAUUAGCCAUAGUCACAGUCCAUGUGCAGAAAGAGGAGAGCGCUUUGUUUCGAUAGUUGUCGAAAUAAUAUGUGGAGUUUUUCUUCUUUUCUGUCCUCACUCAGCCAUCUCUUGGGUGCCAUGUCCAUGCUUCCCAGCUGUCUGUCUCUCUCUUCUUUCUGUCGCCGGAAUGGAUUUUGUAUCGUACAUGUACUUUAAAUGUGUCUACUACGAAUCCUGUAGUUACACCAGAGAGGGAGGUAUAUAUUAUAAAAUAUUAGAUUAAAUUAUGCAGAAUCACCGCUCUGUGCGCUUUCACACACACUUACACGUCUAGCGCACCGGUGCUGCUGUUUCUUAUUGUACAGUGCUAAAUACACUAAAAGUGCUAUAUAAAGGAUUAAACAGA